CAGCAGAACGCGUUAGUGCCUUUUAGGAGGUGGAUUUUUGUGGAGUAAAUUACAUAAAUAACAAUAAAUAAUAAUUAAAAUACGAUGGAGAAGCUUGCGUCGGCCAAAACGUGUCUCAAACUGUUGCAGGUUGUGCCCGGCGUGCAGCAGGCGGUCACCAUUCCAGGUGGAAUGGUUAAUCCGCUCCAGAAUCUGAUCCAAAUGCAGCAGGUGCGCCACCGACAGACGAAGCACUGGCAGCCCGAGUUCAAGCGCCUGCGCAAGCAGAAGUUCGUGAAGAUGGAUCUGCCCAAUCUGCGCGAGAAACAGGAGGACAUCAGCAAGGAGGAGAUGCGCAGCCGGAUGAAGGAGCGCGGUGUUCUGCCGCCGCGUCCCUGGAUGGAGCGUCCGUUCCACAUCAGUUGCACCGGCGGCAUCUUCGAGGCGUAUGUCCCGCCGGAGGGCGAUGGCAAGAAGUCGAUCAUCUCGUCGACGGGCGCCAAACAGAAGCUUGAGUUCCUGGAGAAGAAGUCCAAGAGCCUGAUGGCCGUGCGCAAGAUUCGCUCCUACGAGGAGAGCUUUAGCAGCGACGAGUUCGGCGCCGAGGCCCAGGAAAUCUACAUCCAGGCGCACACGCACAUGGCCGCCAAGGAUAAGUACAAGAUCCGUGAGUUCGUCAGCGAACGGUGCUAUCCGGAGAUGAUGCACAACGUCAAGGACAAGACCAUUCGCUGGAAGUUCCUGCAGUCGCUGGAGCCGCCGCGCGUCGUCCAUGCCCGCGUCACCGAGGUGAUCACCAAGGAGAACCAGUUCGCCCAGGUCACCGUGCGCUUCCACAGCCAACAGAUGCUGGCCAUCUACGACCGCUUCGGCCGCCUGAUGCACGGCAGCGAGAUCCUCACCAAGGACGUGUUGGAGUAUGUUGUCUUUGAGAAGCACAUCUCCAAUGAGUACGGCAAGUGGCGGCUGCACGACAAGAUCAUCCCCGAUUGGCUUCCGGCCAAGCAGCCGGCUCCCAUCACCUAUCGCCUCAUCGAGGACGUGGAGGAGGAGCCGCCAAAGGAACUGAGUGCUGGCGAAGGAGAAAAGGAAACCAAACCACUGGAGAUAGGCAGCGAACAGCCCAGGGAGCAGCUGCAGCUGUCCACGCCGGUCGAGAGCCGUGCGAAACCUUCCCUGUCCAUUUGAUUGUACUUCUUAUGGGCCGCCUGGCGGCUCAAAAGGAUGCGCCUUAAUGUAGCCCAAUGAUUUAUGAUUAUAAUUUAAAAAGAUA